AUGAUUUCUCAACAGAUAAUAAUAUCAUUCGUUUUAUUUUUACAAUUUAUAAAUGCAGCUCCAAUUGUGAUAACAAGAAUGCAUACAGCUGCUCCUACCACACAAGUAACUACUAUUUAUACAGGUACAACUACAGUUUGGUUACCUCCUGUUGGUAUUUAUAUUAGUGAUGGACAAACUUCUACUUCUACUAUAACUGAAGCUCAAUGGAAUACUUAUCCAGUUACUUUCACAAGUUUCGUUAAUAAAGAUCAAGUUGAUUCUAAACCAACUACCACUGCCGAAGCUCAACAACCAGAAACUACUGAACAAGCUCAACCAGAAACUACUGAACAAGCUCAACCAGAAACUACUACUCAACAAGAACAACAACAACAGCAAACUACACUUACUACUAGAACUACUGAACAACAACAAGUUGAAACUACUGAAGUUCAACAACCAAGUACUACUGAAAUUCAAGAUGCUGAACCAACUGAACAAGCUGAAACCCAACCAGAAACUACUGCUGAAGCUCAACAACAACCAGAAACCACCGAAGCUCAACAACAACAAGAAACUACCGAAGCUCAACAACAACAAGAAACUACUGAAGCUCAACAACAACAAGAAACUACUGAAGCUCAACAGCAACAAGAAACCACUGAAGCACAACAAGAAACCACUGAAGCACAACAAGAAACCACUGAAGCACAACAAGAAACCACUGAAGCACAACAAGAAACCACCACUUCUACUUCAACUUCUUCUACUUCAACUUCUUCUAGCUCCAGUUCCAGUUCCAGUUCCAGUUCCAGUUCAUCUACUUCAUCAUCAAGUGGUAGUAUCCCAGCUCCUUCAGUAAUUGUUUAUUCACCAUAUGAUGAUGAUGGAGGUUGUAAAACUCCAGAUGAAAUCAAGUCUGAUAUUACUAUGAUUCACGGUAAAGGUAUUAAUCAACUUAGAUCAUAUGGUACUGAUUGUUAUGCAUUAACUACUGUUCUUGAAACUGCUAAAAGCUUAGGUAUGACAGUUAAUCAAGGAGUUUGGUUAUCUGAAGCAGGUGUUGAUUCAAUUGAUGAUCAAGUUGAUCAAAUUAUUGAAUAUGCUUCUUCUAAUGGUUGGGAUGUUUUCAAUUUACUUACUAUUGCUAAUGAAGCUAUUAAUUCUAAUUUUUGUACUGUUGAUGAAUUAAUUUCAAAAUUGAAUUCAGUUAAAACUAAAUUAAAAAAUGCUGGUUAUAAUGGUAAAAUGACAACUGCUGAACCACCUGCUACAUUUAUUAAAUAUCCUAAUUUAUGUACUGAAGCUGAUAUUGAUGUUGUUGGUAUUAAUCCUCAUUCUUAUUUCAAUGCAAACAUUUCUCCAGAAAAUUCAGGUUCUUAUAUUGUUUCUCAAAAAAAUCAAGUUGCUGGAUUAUGUAAUGGUAAAGAUGUUGUCAUCACUGAAACUGGUUAUCCUUCAAGGGGAGCCACAUUGGGUUUAAAUGUUCCAACUGAUGAAAAUCAAAAAAUUGCUAUUGCUUCAAUUAUUAGUGAAACUAAUGGAGAUUGUACCAUUUUGACCACUUAUAAUGACUUCUGGAAAGAUCCUGGUCCAUAUGGUAUUGAACAAUACUUUGGUGCUAUCCAAUUAUUUGCAUAA